AUGUUCACCGACGAAGCAACUUUUACCAGACGAGAGGUUUUUAAUUGGCGAAAUAGUGAUUAUUGGGAAGAAGAAAACCCGCAUGCUAUUAAAGCUAGACAUUUUCAGCAUGAGUUUAAAUUGAAUAUUUGGUGUGGCAUUAUAGGCGACCAACUACUAGGGCCUAUGGAUUAUGAUCUAGAAGAUCCUGGUAACGCCCCACAAAAUUAUCAGCAACCACAACCAAAUUAUGGUUAUCCACCACAACAACAAACACCGCAACCAAUAAUCAUGAUGCAACCUCCAACUCAAACCUCUACAUCAGUUACUGUUAAUACCAGUGGUGGUAUUGGUGUGGGCUGUCCAGUUUGCCAUAACAAUUCUUGGACUGGAAGCUACUCCUGUUGCGCCUGGUGCCUGGCAAUUGUGUGCUUUCCCAUCGGUAUAAUAUGCUGCUGCUGCAUGAGAAGGAAGAAAUGCACCAAAUGUGGAUACACUGUUGGAUAA